AUGCCUACCCCUCUCGAUAGAGCUCUAAGCUCCAAAAACGCCGUAUUAGCUUUCACAGGAAUUGUGACUGCAGCUGCAGCAUGGUCCAUUUGGGGUACCGACAUGUUUCCAAAGGAAGAAGAUCCUAAUGGUGAUCCAGCAACAUGGUCAAGAGAAGAAUUACGAAGAUGGUUGGCAGCUAGAGAUCUCCACCCACAAAGCAAAGACACCAGGGAGCAGUUGUUGGAAAGGGUAAAUGUAAACUUAAGAGUCCCAAGAAAGUCAUGA